UUUUGUUAAAAAAAAAAAAAAAAAAAGAAAAAUGGGAAGCAAAUGGAGAAAAAUGAAGCUUGCUCUUGGCUUCAACACUUGUGUUCACAUUCCUAGAGAUUUAGAUGACUCCCCUUCAGCUGCAGCCGCCAGAUUUUCCGACGUUACCUCGCCGUCGGUUGUGUCGCCGGCCUCCGCCGGAUACUACUCUUCAAGCACCCCAACGACGCCGUCUUCUUCCUCUGCUCUCCGGUUACCAAAAUCUCCAAAGGGAACUUGUGCAAUAUGCUUGAACACGAUGAAGCCGGGGCAGGGCCAUGCCAUUUUUACUGCCGAAUGUUCUCACUCGUUUCAUUUCCAUUGCAUCACUUCGAAUGUAAAACAUGGCAACCAGAUAUGUCCUGUCUGCCGAGCAAAAUGGAAAGAAAUUCCUUUCCAUAGUCCUGCUUUUAACGGCUACCAUGACAUGGCUCAAAUCAACCCGGUAACUGCAAGGGAUGAUGCUUGGACAACUGUCAUGAGGAGGAUCCCUUCGCCACAAGGGGACUCGGUUCGGCCGAUUCCAUCGCUCUAUCAUGUUCCUGAACCAGCUAUCUUUGAUGAUGAUGAAGCCUUGGAUCAACAAAAUUCAGUUACCUGCCAUAAGAAUGAGGCUGAUCAUGAUGAGAUUAUGAACAGAAUUGAGAUCAAAACAUAUCCUGAAGUUUCAUCUGUUCCAAUGUCAUCCUCCCAUGAUAAUUUCGCCGUACUAAUUCAUCUCAAGGCUCCUCAGGCAGCUACAAAACAAAGUAAUGUUGGGAACAACGGCGAAACAACUCCGAAUUCUCGUGCCUCUGUUGAUCUUGUCACAGUUCUUGAUGUAAGUGGUAGCAUGGGAGGCACUAAAAUUGCAUUGCUAAAACGAGCUAUGGGUUUUGUCAUACAGAAUCUCGGUCCAUCGGACCGUCUUUCUGUCAUUGCCUUCUCCUCCACGGCAAGGCGGAUCUUUCCUCUACGGCUGAUGACUGAUACCGGACGGCAACAGGCAUUACAGGCUGUCAAUUCUCUGGCUGCUAAUGGUGGGACAAACAUUGCUGAAGGCUUAAGGAAAGGUGCCAAGGUAUUCACAGAAUGCCGGUCGAAGAAUCCGGUUUGCAGCAUUAUACUACUCUCUGAUGGACAGGAUACUUACACAGUGAAUAGCAGGCCUAGUGUUGGAGCAGAUUACCAGUCACUUGUCCCGAAUUCGAUUCAUCGGAACAAUGGAGCAGGAUUGCAGAUACCAGUGCAUGCUUUUGGCUUUGGUUCUGAUCAUGAUUCUACUUCGAUGCAUUCGAUCUCUGAGAUAUCUGGCGGGACAUUUUCGUUCAUUGAAGCCGAGGAUGUGAUUCAGGAUGCAUUUGCACAAUGUAUUGGAGGUCUCUUGAGUGUUGUGGUGCAGGAAUUACAAGUUGAAGUUGCUUGCAUUCACCCUAGUCUUCAACUGAAUUCGGUUAAAGCCGGAAGUUAUCAAACAACCUUGUCAGGCAAUGCUAGAAUGGCUUCCAUUAGUGUCGGAGAUCUGUAUGCCGACGAAGAAAGAGACUUUCUGGUGACAGUUAAUGUUCCGGCCGACAUGUCAAGCCAUGAGAUGUCAUUGUUGCUUGUUAAGGGCCUUUAUAGAGAUCCCAUCACAAAAGAAAUGGUGUUUUUGGAAGAAAACUCUGAAGUGAAGAUUCAUAGAGCUGAUUCUGGUGGAGUACAAGAAGUAUCAAUACAAGUGGACAGACAGCGAAAUAGGCUUCGAGUAGCUGAGGCAAUAGCCGAGGCUAGAAUCGCAGCCGAACGUGGCAAUCUGUCCACUGCAGUUUCUGUCCUUGAUAGCUGCCACAAGGCAUUGUCUGAGACUGUUUCUGCCAAAGCAGGGGACCGGCUAUGUGCCGCGCUUUCGGCCGAGCUAAAGGAGAUGCAAGAAAGGAUGUCAACUCAACGUGUUUAUGAGCAGUCUGGAAGGGCUUAUGUUCUUUCAGGAUUGAGUUCACAUUCAUGGCAAAGGGCAACCGCGCGAGGCGAUUCCACAGAUAGCACUAGCCUUGUUCAAGCAUACCAGACUCCGUCCAUGGUCGACAUGGUGACACGUUCACAGACCAUGAUCUUGGGCGCGCCAACCCAACAUCGGCGCGUCCUAAGGCCGGCGAAAUCAUUUCCUGAGAGGCAGAGCCAAAGAGGUCAUUAAUAAACAUACCACCACUUCUGGAGGGAGAUUAUAUGAGUUUUUCUUCCUGUUUUCUUCACUUCACAUAUCCCUUUUUAUUAUAUAUAACGAUUCUCAACUAUCAACUUUACAUGAAGACAACUACAUCCGAGUCUUCACCUUAUAUAUAACGUUAUUUAUACUUAUAUAAGUUUUGGCUUAUGGUUUUGUUCAAGGUGGGGAGUAUAAUUGGAAAGAAAGGAAGGAGUUUUUUGGUGGAGAAAACUCCUGAUUUUGCCAGUUACAAAGAAAGAAGUGUAAAUUUCAAAGGGAGGGAUAAAAAAAGGGAAUCUUGGUAAUA